GUGUAAACAAAACCACAAGAUUGUAAUAUUAGACAAAAGCCCUCUUUAUACCAUUAGUCCACAUCAUAUGACCAUUUCUUACAUAAAGCUCAGAGCAAGGACGCAAUAUUCUCAGUAAAUCAGGAUUGCCUUGGCAAAGCCCGGUGAACUUUAAACGUCACACCUCCGACGACAUUCGGGAGUACCGAGGGGCUAGAAUCGCCUCAACAGAGCUGGAGAACACACGGACGGAUCCAGAUGUGACACAGUUAAUACAAGCCAACCUUCCGCGCCGAUCUCAGGGAAUAACGCGUCAUGGCUCGGGUCGGUACCGGCGCGGAACUGGACGAGGACUGUUUUGAAGAUGCGUACGAUCGCAUCCCAGUUGCGUCACAAAUGGACUUGCGUACGUCGAUCGAGGAGUGCACUAUGGCUCUGAACCUCUUUCUCAAUAACAAGUUCUCUGAAGCGGUGGAGCUCCUCAAACCCUGGUCUAAAGACAGCAUGUAUCAUGCGAUGGGUUACAGCAGUAUUCUGGUGAUGCAGGCCACGAUGACAUUUGAGCACAAAGACAUUCAGACCGGUAUGGCGACCAUCAAAGAGGCGUUACACACCUGCCAGAGAUUCAGGAAACGGAACUCAGUGGCACAAUCCAUAACAAGCCUGAUCAGCAGACAAACACCAGACAACCUGACAGAGGAGGAGAUGCACGCAGAGAUCUGUUAUGCUGAAUGUCUAUUGCAAAAAGCCGCACUAACUUUUGUACAGGAUGAAAACAUGAUUAGUUUUAUUAAAGGAGGAAUCAAAAUACGCACAAGUUAUCAAAUCUACAAGGACUGCCAGAGUGUUUUGAACAUGUCUCAGGGAGUGGCCGGAGACAGCGAGUCCUUCAAACAGUUUGAGGGCGGAGUCAAGAUGGGGAUUGGCUCUUUUAAUCUGAUGCUGUCUCUUUUACCUGCACGAAUCCUUCGACUGCUGGAGUUCAUCGGCUUCUCAGGAAAGAGAGAGUUUGGUUUGUCUCAGUUGCGAGACGGCGCCAGCAGUCCCAGUCUCAGAUCUAUACUGUGUAUUCUGACGCUGCUGUUUUACCACACUUAUGUCUGUCUCAUACUGGGCACUGGUGAGGGGAAUCUGGUGGAGGCAGAAGCUCUGUUAGAGCCGUAUGUAGAAACAUUCCCUAGCGGCUCAAUCAUCCUGUUUUACUCGGCGAGGAUCGCCGUACUGCACGGGAACUUUGAGAAGGCCGUGUUGAAGUUUGAGGAGUGUGUCUCAGCGCAGCAACAGUGGCGUCAGAUUCAUCAUCUGUGUUAUUGGGAGUUGAUGUGGUGUCACUCGUUCCAGCAGCAGUGGAAAGAUGCGUAUCGAUACGCUGAUCUGCUGUGCAGAGAGAGCCGCUGGUCUAAAGCCACCUAUGUGUAUCAGAAAGCUGCAAUACUCAGUAUGAUGUCAGAGGAGGACGUGAAGGAGACCGGAGAGAAUAUAGUGGAGUUAUUCAGGCAGGUGGAGGGGUUAAAGCAGCGUUUGGCCGGUAAGUCCAUCCCCACUGAGAAGUUUGCCGUGAGGAAAUCUCGCAGAUACUCGUCACCUACGCCAGUCCAACUGGUGAUUCCUGCACUGGAAAUGAUGUAUGUGUGGAACGGCUUCACCAUCGUUGGCAAACGUGCAGACACCACGGAGAGUCUGCUGAUCACCAUCGAGAGCGCAGAGGAGCACCUGCACAACGACCCCAACCCCUCGGAGUAUCACCCUGAUGACCAGUGUUUGGUCCAGAUGUUGAAGGGUUUGUGUUUGAAGCAUCUGGGUCGGUUAAUGCAGGCGGAGCUGUGCUUCACGCAGGUGAUCAGCAGUGAGAAGCGCAUCCGUUAUGAUCAUUACCUGAUCCCGUUCACUCUGUAUGAGCUGGGGUUACUCUAUCAGCAGCAGGGGGAUCACACCAAAGCUGCUCAAGUCAUCGAGGACGCCAAGUGA